AAUAAACUUAAAAUCAUGCAACCCCUAACAUUACUACGUUUUGCAGAUAAUGGAUGAUGACAAGCAACAACUUCGCAUCUCUUACAAACCAAUCCUUUCCCACAUCCUAAAACAAUUACACCUACAAAAGGCACAUUACACCCAUGAAACCAAAGAGAGAAAUCAGCAUUACUACACCACACAAGAGAUCGCAAUGAAAGAUGGAAUAAUAAUCUCGAUUAUAUGCAGUAAUGAGACGAAAAUUGGUGCAGAACAAGAUGCAGCUAAACAAGCAAUAGUCCUUCACAGAGAUGCAUUUGGAUAUACAAUAACCAGACUCGAUUUGGUUUCUCGAACGCCGAUUAUGAAUCCGGAAUACAAUGAUCCGACGCCGGUUAUGGAUCCACAAUACAUUGACGUCCCAAAGCUGGACAAACUUGUCAAUCGUGUCUAUGGAACUGGAUCUAAUUCCGAGAUGGCUAAUGCACAUAAUGUUUUGUGUGAUCUACAAACUAAUCCAAUCAUGUGGACUCGAGUUGAUAAAAUCCUAUUCAACACAAAGAACUUGAAUACCAAAUUUUUUGCUUUACACGUCAGUUUCAAAAUAAGUUCAUUGAUCGAAGAUGAAAUCUUAUCUUGCGAUUCACCGAUGAUGCAAUAGAGCAGACAACACUACAAUGGUGUGGAUGGGUUGAGCAUAUGAUUAACAACUCAAGGUCAACCACAUAAUCAUUUGGGUCAACUUCAGAGGAAAAGCUUUGGCCAUACACUGGGUUGUUGGUGAUGCUUGCGAGUUUGGCAAUCCUCUCUUGUUCCCAUUUAAAUGUUAGCCUCAUUACAAGGGUAUUCAAACUAAGCUUAUAUAAAGUAACCCUAGUAUAUACAUAUGUGUUCGAAUUAUCUAUAAAAAAUUAUCUUUCCUUAU